CCUUUUGUCUUUCUUCUACCUCCAGCCACGACAUGUUCUGCUGUCUACAGCCACGAUUUUUCUCUCUUCUCUACGCUGCUCAGGAACCACUGCAAGCUCCCCUCACCGGCGGCCAUGUUUGCUGCGAUCAACAGCUGCCGGUGGUGGAGACGAAGGGCUCUGGUGCUAUAACCUGUAGUUUUUUGGCUGCAACCGGAGUUUGAAGAUGCUGGAACCAGAGGCCACGCUUGCUGCAACCAGUAGCUGCCGGCAGCAAAGAUGACGAGCUCUAGACAAGAGAAAUCAGAUGUUAAACCAGUGCACAUCGAAGCUACAACUGUCAACGCCAAAUGCUACGUCCGGCAAUCAAAAAAGCUACAUCCUUCUUUGAAAAAAGCUUCAACGGAUACGGGAUAGCUGAAGGUCGGCCACCGCGUAGCGCAAAAAGAUGCAACCGGCAGCGAGAAAGCUACAACCGGCUUCAAAAAAAGUUUCACACAGAUACGGGGUAGCCGGAGCUCGACCACCGCGCAGCCAAAAAAAGCUGCAACCGGCCACGAGAAAAGCUACAACCCACUUCUAAAAAAGCUUCAAACAGGAAACAAUGGCUAACAAUGGCGAGUGGCAAACGACAAAGCUGUGUGACGGUGCUGCGAUGGGCGCAUGACGAGCUAUGAUAGCGGCCGGUGACGAUGCUGGAACCCUCACCCCGGCGGUGCUGCAACCAGGGGGUAUGAGAUACAUCGAGAUGCAAAGGCGGAGCUGCAUCCGGGGAGCGGCCCUGGCGAGCGCCGACGGAGAGCGGCCCUGACGAGUAGUAGUAGGCACUCGGCCCGGUAGCUCAUGCCACGGCCGCGGACCGCGUGGGACCAGGAGCAGCAGCAGGAGGAACAGAAGACAAACACGCGUGAAACAGUGAGACGGUUGCAACCGCCACCACGCCACCGCGUGCGUCACCACCUCCUUACCCCUCGCAGCCGCGUCCACCAAUAUUCUGGUCUCCUCCAGCGCAGCGCAGGAAACCGCCAUGCCCAAAGCUUCCUCCUUGCCAAUUGCCACCAAGCCGUAUAUAAGCCGGGUCGCGUGGCCUUUCUCCCUUCACCAACCCCAGCAAGAAACAACCCAAGCAAAGCCACCAAUUGAUUGAAGCAAAGUCACAGAGCCUGCGUGCAAGAAAGCGUCGGCCACCUGAGCUGCUGCCGGAAUCAUCCCCGUCUCCUAUCGAGUAUGGACAAGGUGCUGGCCUUCUCCAUCCUGAGUGCAUCGCCGGCCGACAUCGCCCUCGGCACCGGCGCCAGCGGCAGCUGGGCUCGGCUGUCCUGGCGGGGAAGGAAGCUGCAGGUGGACGACCGGGCUGGAGCAGAGCACCAAGGGAAGCAGGGCGGUCUGCCGCGGGAGGCAGAGCAGCGGCACGACAAAGGGAAAUCGCAGUCGCCGUCGACGUUGCCGCCACGGUUUGCGCCCGAGUUUGAUGGGAUCGACUGCUUUGAGACCAUCGUGUGCCAUUGAUCGGUGAUGAAUCGCGAUCUGCUCCUGUUCCCGCCGCGCGUGUGACUACUAAUUCUUUCUUCUUCAUACUAUCGGCAUGUUCAUUCGUUGUUAAGUUGUGCUUCUAACUGAAGCCGGAUGUUGUACAGAAUACAGAGCUGCCUAUAAACCAAGUUCUUUCAUGUGGCACAAAGAAGCCCAUUUUCGCCGCGAUUAUUCAGACAAGCUUUGGUUUUUAAGGCUGGACGUCAUGACGGAGUAGAGAUGUUUAGUCUUACUAAUCUAGAAUUGAACGGAGAGCACAACUUUGCUGGUAGUGGACCUAGCCAUGUGGAGAAGCUUCAAAGAGACAAGCUUGAUUGCCUCUAACAAAACUAUUGCCUACUAUCA